AUGAAGAAAUCGAUUAGAGAAGCCAUCGUAAGGGAGAUAGGAAACAGAGCUCUCGAUCCGUCGCCAUUAUGUCUACUAGCGAUGGGAGUGAGCAGCAAACUCGCAAAAUCUGGAAUUGACUUUCCUCGCGCAGUCACGAAGAAGUUCGACGCAGAUUUCAAAAAAACUUUGAACUCAAUAAACAAUCCUCUUCGAAUACGCGAUUUCACAUUAAACUUUAUUGACUACGCGGAAGCUGUCUCCGCGGACGAGCUGGAGAAGCUCAUUGCUACACUUCCGGAUGAUCUUGCUGAGUCUGUGCGACAAGAACUGGGCUCGAGCAAUUCUGAUGCUUUAUUAGACGUUAGCGGUUUCAGUGAGUUUGAAGAAAUGAUGGAUGCGAUUUUGAUGCGCUCGGCACGAACAAGAGAUUCGGACAUAAAAAUUGUGAUGGAACAUCUUAUCAAAACAUCAAAUCAUGCUGUUGGUGUGAGAUUCUUGGAGGCACUUCAGACGGACUCAAAGUUGCUCGGACAGUUUGAUUACUUUAAUCACAUUCAUCUCGAGUUCGCGUAUUUUCUCUACACCUCGGAUAGCUACUUGGACAUCGUUGGCCACGAAUGGGAAAAGAACCUUUUCAAGAAUGCUAAGAAAUAUGAUAUUAGGUUUAUGAUGAUUUCACCAAUUUUACUGGAAAAACGAUUCGAAUCUUGGGGAACCUACUUCCAUAAAAGUGUUGGCCGUUCGUUUUCGAUUUAUUCUUGGAACAUCAAAAACAACCCAGACGACGAUUUCAUCAUUCUCAGGUCAAUGUGCGACUGGCAGUCGUUGUACAAACUUUGUGAAAUGAAAAACUGCCCGACAAUGUGGCGAAAAUUUCUCGACAAGGCUGCGAAUCAUCACUGCGAUUACGAAUAUUUUGUUCGCUCGUUUAUUGAGUUCGAUAACUUGAAAGGACUCAAACGAGUGCUUUAUUAUUUCAACUGGAAGGAUUUUUCACUGCAUGCAAGAUUGGAAUACAGGAUGAUUCAUGUAGUGAGGGAAAUUGUUCAAUCAAGGCGAGUUGAUUUCAUUGAAAUGCUGGUCGAAUACUUUGACGAAAAGGUGCCAAAAUACGGAUGCAAGGAGCUUCAAAAUUUACAUCCAGUCUUGAUCGAACUCGAAUUGAUGCAUUUGUUUGACAAGAUUCAGCCGCACUUGGAUGCGCACUGGGAGUACAAAAAUAAAACUCUGAAGAAAGGAAUACAGAGAGUAGAAGAGCAACUAAACAUCGUGUAA